UAACCUUUGUCUCUGCCAAUCUUCAAGAGAUCCAUUGCUUCAACCCCCAUCCACCUUGCAGUGCUGCAUUCGUACCCGUUAUCCAUACAGCACUUCUUCUCUCACCCCCAAUCCUCACACACCGCGACCUUCCCACACCCAUCCAUCUCAUCCACCCAUCCAACCCUCCAAUUCGCGCCGCCAGCGCCCCAUAGCAACCGCGCUCCCGCCCACCCCAACCAACUACGGACCCCGUCACCAUCACCACCUCUGCCACUGCUACUGCCACGCACACCAUCUCGCCCGACCGCCGAACCCUCCCUGCACACGACCGUUUGCUCAUCUCCCAGAAUACACUCGGCCAGCUUGGUUGAUGCUCACUACCAUUGUCGUGCCGCGGACGAUGCCCUCUUUGGCAACCGACAGCAGCAGCGACUAUCCAGACAAUACCCACCGCGUCCCGCAAUCUCCUUACGACCUGCCCAUUCACACCACCACCAAGCUGCCCCAGCAAAGGGCCAGCCCGGACAGGCUCGCUAAUGGACAAACUCAAGCCAUGAAUGGCAAACUUGCGAAUGGACAGCCAGCGCAGUCCACCCCAAACGGCCGUACAGCACACCAGCCUUCGUCAACUGAGAAGCGGUCAUCGCACCCAGAUGGCUCCGUUAAUAAUUCACAGCGAGACUGGAGCUUGGAUUCUCAACGUCUUGGCAGAUCGUCUGAAGGUCAGGGUCUCUAUACUAACCCCUCAAGCGGAGACGACGGCUACUUUGCCUCAGCUCAGAAUCGCUCCGUCGAGGUAGAGGAAGGCUCUCGAAGCACUCGUGUCAAAAUGGGAAGCUUCAAUUCUGGCGAUGGUACUAGUGACACGCGUAAAGAGUCCAACGGGUCACUAGCCAGGCACGAAUCAGACCUGCAGUCUUCACAGCCGGCUCAUCCGCCAAGCAAUCUGCAGAUCCCAGGUAAUCCGUCAUACCGCGUUUCUUCUCCUGCCGCAUUCAACCACAGCUCUACCUUGCCUGAUCCUUCCCAACGCUUGCAGCAACGCCACACCCUCGAGGUUCCCAAGGUCUCCUCCUCGUCCACACGUCCCCGGGAGCCCCAGAAUACUACCGAUGACGUCGUAAGCGCCAGCGGCAGGUUCUCCCCAAACACCCCGACUCGUCGGAGAGGUUCCAUGUCUCUUGCUAGGCGGGCCACGCGCUCAAUCCAUUCCGACAUGCAUCUUGAUGAGAUGCCCCAGGAUGAAGAUGCUGCGCGAUGGGCCGAGCAUAUACGUCAGAAGCGUGCCAGCAAGAGAAAGAGAAAAGACGAUGAGGACGACGAUAGAGUCGUCGUCGGUACCAAGGUGGACCAGAACCACGUCAACUGGGUCACCGCGUACAAUAUGCUUACAGGAAUUCGCUUCACCGUCUCCAGAACGAAUGCGAAAAUGGAUCGUGAACUCACCGAGGCCGACUUCGACGCUAAGCACAAAUUCUCAUUUGACAUUACUGGAAACGAACUCACUCCAUCUGCCAAGUACGAUUUCAAAUUCAAGGAUUACGCACCUUGGGUCUUCCGUCAUCUCCGCACCAUAUUCAAACUGGACCCUGCCGACUAUCUCGUAUCGUUGACAAGUAAAUACAUCUUGUCCGAGCUCGGAUCUCCUGGCAAGAGUGGAAGCUUCUUUUACUUUUCCAGAGACUACAAGUACAUCAUCAAAACGAUCCACCACGCCGAACACAAAUUUCUCCGCAAGAUACUCAAAGACUACUACAACCACGUCAGAGAGAACCCCAAUACCCUUUUGUCUCAAUUUUAUGGGCUUCAUCGCGUGAAGAUUCCUUACGGCCGUAAAAUUCAUUUCGUUGUCAUGAACAAUCUCUUUCCUCCGCACCGAGAUAUCCACCGCACUUUUGAUCUGAAAGGUUCCACUAUCGGAAGAGACUUUGGGGAAGAGAACCUGGAAGCCAAUCCUCGAGCAACACUGAAGGAUCUCAAUUGGUUGCGGAGGGAUCAACACCUAGAAUUUGGACCAAGCAAGAAGCAGGCCUUUGUUGAGCAGAUGCAGAGAGACGUCAAGCUGUUGCAGCGGUUGCACAUUAUGGAUUACUCUCUUCUCAUUGGCAUCCACGACCUGGAGAAGGGCAACGAAGAGAAUUUGCGGGACAAGACCCUGCAAGUAUUCCAGCCGGGUGGAGACCAAGGAGAGGAGCCUCAACCAGCCAUGCUCACCCGAACUCCUUCCAAGCUGGAAACAGCGCGUAAGGCUAAGGAGUUGAGACAGACGUUGAAGAUGCAAAAGCCUGUUCCGAUGGACCAGAUGGCAGACAAGAUGCCUGACGAACUACACAAUCAGCAGAAGACCAACUACUUUUACACCGACGAUGGCGGCUUCAGAGCUACCCACGAAGAUGACAACCCGGGAGAAGAAAUAUACUACCUGGGCAUCAUCGACUGCCUAACUCACUACUCACUCAUCAAACGCUUGGAGCAUUUUUUCAAGGGAUUAGGCAAUGAAGAAUCACAAAUCUCAGCUAUUCCCCCGGAGAGAUACGGCGAUCGUUUCGUCAGAUUUAUCAGUAGUGUCACAAAGACGAAGGAAGCGGCCGAGCGCGAGAAGAACGAGGAAACAGCAUACGCUGAGCACGAUCCAACGCUCACAGGCAUCAAUGCCACCAGUAGCGACCGGGAAACCACAGAGAAUGUAAUACACAGGGCCGAGGGACAGGCUGACCGGUCAAGGCGGAUGGGGGCAAAUGAAGACGAGGUGCCGCAUCGUGAACUGCGUAGCGUCAGGAGUCCCUCCGCUGAACGUGGUGAACUAGGUACAACUCUUCCCAUAGUGGAAGAAGCAGCCGAGUCGGCCAGUACAGGGGGGAGGAGUGGCCGUAGCACAGAGACUGAAUUGAGGCCGCGGGCUCCGCCGUUAACACAGGAGGACCGACGUUUGACAGACCGCAGAUCAAGAGACGGGUCACACGGUCGCCCACCACCCACGCCACCCAAAGACUCUGGAACUGCCAACAGUGAGGAACGACCCCCAACCCCACCCAAAGAUCAAGGGUACGCCAACAGGCAUUCCGGGCCUCCCACACCUCCGAAAGAAAAGGGCAUCCCAGCUACGAACAAGGAGCUCCCUCAUCUACCUGGUAUGGAGAAGACGGUCGUGAGGGUGAAUUAA